UUUCUGGAGAAACAGUUUCUCCUUCUGUUUUUAAGAUCUAACUGCAGAGAAGGAGCGGAACAGCAGAGAAGAGGAGAGGAGCAAUGGCGACGGUUGGAUUGGCGCCGGGGCUUUCCCGUAAACUGAAGAAGGUGUUAGAUUGCCGGACGGAUAGUCCGGACGUGGUGGCGUCGCUCAACACUCUCUCCACUUUCUACACCGAGAACACUCCGCAGGCUCGCCGCAACCUCAGAUCGACAAUCGAGAAGCGUUCUCUCGACAUCAACCUCGAAUUUCUCCGAGCCUCUGAGUCCGCCCAGCUGGCUUUGGAUCGAGUUGAGGAGGAGGUCAAUGCGCUUGCUGAGUGCUGCGAUAAGAUUGCCAAGGCAUUGAGCAGUUGUAGUGCUAGUACUGGAGAUAUUAUAAACACUACCGAGAGGCUCAAACAGGAACUUGAAGUCACUACACAAAGGCAAGAGAUUGUGUCAUGCUUCCUUCAAGAUUAUCAGCUCUCAAAUGAAGAGAUAAAUGCACUGAGGGAUGAAGAUUUGAAUGAAAACUUCUUUAAGGCGCUUUCUCAUGUUCAAGAAAUUCAUGCCAACUGCAAAAUACUUCUAAGGACACAUCACCAGCGUGCAGGUCUGGAGUUAAUGGACAUGAUGGCUAUGUACCAAGAAGGAGCCUACGAGCGCUUGUGCAGGUGGGUUCAAGCAGAGUGUAGGAAACUGGGUGACACUGAUAAUCCUGAAGUUGGUGAUCUCUUAAAAACAGCUGUACGCUGCCUUAAGGAAAGACCUGUCCUUUUCAAGUAUUGUGCUGAAGAGGUAGCAAAUAUGAGACAUAAUGCUUUAUUUAGAAGGUUUAUAAGUGCUCUCACUCGUGGAGGACCUGGUGGGAUGCCAAGACCAAUAGAAGUGCAUGCCCAUGAUCCCUUACGUUAUGUAGGAGACAUGCUGGGGUGGUUACAUCAGGCCUUGGCAUCAGAACGAGAACUUGUGCUUGCAUUGCUUGAUCCAGAUGCAACAGUAGAUUCUGGUUCAACCAAUCGAUUCUCCAAGAACUUGGACAAUGAUUCUGGAAAGAUAGAAGCAGAUUUGACAUUUGUUCUAGAUAGAAUUUUUGAAGGAGUUUGCCGCCCAUUUAAAGUGAGAGUUGAGCAGGUUUUGCAAUCACAACCAAGUCUUAUAAUCUCUUAUAAACUCAGUAACACCCUGGAAUUCUACAGCUACACUAUAUCAGAUUUGCUUGGGGGUGAAACAGCUCUCUGUAAAACACUAGGCGUUCUCAAGGAUGCUGCUCAGAAAACAUUUUUUGAAAUUCUGAAAAGUCGGGGGGAAAAGCUUUUACGUUAUCCCCCUCUUGUUGCAGUUGAUCUUUCACCACCACUAGCUGUAAGGGAAGGAGUCUCUGUUCUCCUCGAGAUAAUUGACACAUAUAACAGCAUGAUGGUUCCUGCUUCAGGGAGAAAGCCUGCUUUUGAUCCAGUUAUAUCUGCUUUACUUGAUCCUAUCAUACAGAUGUGUGAGCAAGCAGCAGAGGCACACAAAUCCAAGGGAGUUGGCCAGUCGUCAAGAAGAACUCGAAUGAGUUCUGACUCUGGCCAACUUAGCAAAUCUGCGGUUGAUGCAAUUCUGACAAAUAAUAGUUCUACUCCAUCUUUAAAGAGUAGCGAAACUCCUUCAAAAAUUUUCCUAAUCAACUGUUUGUGUGCCAUCCAACAACCAUUACUGGGUCAUGAGGUUGCAGCUGCAUAUGCAAAGAACCUUGGAGACAUGAUUAAUAAUCAUGUGCGUGUUCUUGUGGAAAAAGAAGUUGACACAAUUCUAAGAAGAUGUGGCUUGUCUGCAAAGAUGCAUCACUUCCAAAAUUUAACAGGUGCUGUCCCGUUGGCAGAAAUAGAAGACACAAAUCCAGCCUCUCUCUCUGAGUGUCUAAAGGUUUUCUUUGGGUUUAUUCUGGGAAGCGAGAGUUCCCUGCCUGAAUUUGAGCAGAUGCAGGUUCCAAAGUUGCGGUCUGAAGCUUGUCUACAGGUAGCAAAGUCGCUAGCUGAAGCUUAUGAGUUUAUAUAUAAUGCAAUCAUAGAUCCCAAAAAUGCUUACCCAGAUCCUAGAUCACUGGCAAGGCAUCCUCCUGAUCAAAUAAGGACCAUAUUAGGAAUAUGAAGCUUGGUUGUAUUUUUACCAUUUUAAAGAUCAAAGAAAAAGGUCUUUGCUAAAAGAAAAAAAAAAAAAAGAUGUAAAAGAAUCAAGGCAGUUUAUUUUACAAAAUCAGUUAAGAGCUGCUGUUGUGUUGUUCAAUUUAAUGUUCAUUGGUGGGUAAUAGAUAGAUUAUUUUCUGAAAUGAUUGCUGUUAUUUCUUGCCUGGUAUAGAUGGACUCAUGGCAUUAGUGGCAAAUAUCUGUUUCAAGAAAAUUUAUUUAGAUAU